AUGGAGAUCGACGUUUGCACCGUCCAGCAAGAAGGGGAGGCGAUCGACGACGCGAGGGAGAGGGCAAUUAGGGCGACGAACUUGGUCCCGUUAUAUCUAUGGCAGUUCACGUUUACGAAGGAUUAUAGUAAGCCUCUGAGGCUUAUGGUGUAUCUUAGGUGGGAGCUGGAACGAGUUAGGGUUUUGAAUAUUGACGAGGGUUUGGGUAAUGUGUGUUCGAUUUGUUCGAAGAAACCCGUGUUUGGUGCUCAAAUAUCGACCCUGCCUUGCGGACACGUUUUUCAUACGCAUUGCGCUGUUGGAGUAUUGGAGCAAGACAACCUCUGCCCAACAUGCAGUUAUCCAGCCUACGAUCGGGAUUACAUGUUACAUUCGUUCGUUUAA